UCUUUUCUCUCCUCCGCCUCUCUACCAUAUUUUUCUCUUCGCUGAAAUUUCUACUCUGGUUUUAGUUUCGACCAUCUGUAUUAUCUUUAGCAAAUUUCAGUUUCGAUUUCAUCAUCUGUAGCAAGAGUUCAGUUUCGAUUUACUUGUGCAAGUCUUUUUAUAAAUCGAUUUUAGGAUUUUAGGGUUUCUUCAUCAUCUGUACUAGGAUUUUAGGGUUUAAAAAAUCGAUCUUAGGAUUUCAAUUUGUUAAUCGAUUUUAGGGUUUCUUGUUCUAAUAUGUUUCGUUUGUUCGAUUUCAGUUUGUAAACCUGAAGAUGGGUAUAUUUCCAAGGUGUAUGUGUGCAUAUCUGGAUCUGGAUUAGUUCAUUUUGAUUAUUUAUUUGAUUCAUCUGAAGAUGAGUUUAUUUCAAUUAUCUUCUUCUAUUCUUGAAAGAGGUGUAAUCAUCAUGGUCUCGAGGAUGUUUUGUAAUCCUAAAGAACAAACUAAUGCCUUGACAACGUUGGUUAAACUGAAUUGAAUGAGAUAAUAAUACUUACUCCUUUAAUUCAUUUGUUUUUUGGUAAUUCAUUAGAUUUUGUGGUGUGGAUGUGAUUUCCACUUAAUCUCGAUGUGGGUUUUUAAGGAAUCAUGUUCUUUGUAGUCGUGUGAUGGUUUUCUGAGACUAGUAACUCCAGUCCUAUUAAAAAUUGCCUGUUGAGUUACAAGGUUAUUGCAAAGAGGUUUAAAUUUCAUUAACAAGUAUUAGUACCUGAUGGCCACUCGGGGUACCACUUAGGUUGCUGAAUUUACUUCUUUUGGUGGUAUUGGAAAGAUCGAAAAAUUGUGCUUCCUUUUGAGUGAAUGUUAGUCUGUUUCAGGGUUGUUAUUUUUUCUCCGUUGUAUGCAUUUGAUGUUCAUUCUGGGGUGAAUUUCAGUAGCGGUAUUGGGGCAUUAUAGAUUUCUGUGUAUCCCAAGGGGUUGUAUCAACCACCCAAAGUAAUGUGCACUAUAUUGCAAUUUCUGUAUAUUUUGUUUUGCUUAGUCGAAUUUGUUUUGUUUGCUUAGAGAGGGAAUUGAUUUCUUCAAUGCUAAUGUGCCUCUAUUAUGAACUGACUAGAUGUCAAAAGUUGCUAAAUGGUUGUGAUUGUUAAAAUAAUUGUUGAAUAUUUGUGCGUGAAUUAGUUGGUUUCUGUUCUCCUAGAUGCUUCUGUAAAGCAAGCACAGUGGGAUGCUUUUGGUUCAUUUAAUUACUACAUGGUUUAAAUUUACUACAUGGUUCACUAACGAUAUAAGUGUUCAUUUGUAUGACAGGAUUUGGCUACUGCAAUGGAUGAGGAAGAUAUUGGAAAAUUUACUGACGCAGUGAGGGAAUUUAAUAGCAUGACCCGACUGGAUGCAUGGAAGAGUACAAUAUUGCUGAGAGCAAAGGAAGCACUGAAGGCAAAAGAAGACGGUGCAAUGUUCUCAAAACUGAUUACCAUCUAUGAGUAUCAACUUGCGAAAGCACUUGCUGAACCAGUAGAAUAUAUGUUAAAUCCUAUUGCUGCUGAACCAGUUGAAAGUGUUGUUUUAUCUGGAGGAAAUCCUGAUUUGUCUCACUCGACCACUGAUGCUAUCCUCAUAAAGAAAAUUUUAAACUUUGGUCAAGUGGUAAAAGUUAAAAUAUUCACAGAUGAAUCAGGAAAGAGAUCAAAAGGGUUUGCUUUUAUACAAUAUACCUGUCAAGACGAUGCUGUGGUUUUACCCAAUUUGACGCUGAGAAAUUGGUCGCUGCAUUUCCUGUGGUUCACAUCAUGUAGUCUCUUUACUGUUUCCUGGGAACUGCUUAUUGGCAUCUUCGCCACUGCUUUUCCAUGCAAGCUUUCGAACACCUAACCUGAAGGCACGGCUCAACACAUUCCGCGAGGAGUUCCGUGCAGUUUGGCGCAAUUAUAGCGAGAUGUAAAUGAGUGGUCCUAGUUUCAACAUUGGGUUUUGUCCUUCCAUCAUGGGUACACUUUUGCGUGUCGAAGCUGCUCCAUGAUGCCGGCCUUCCUAAGGGUGUUCUCAAUAUGAUUUCCAUAUAUGGUCUUACGGAUGGUGCAACAUUUGCUAGUCAUAUGGAUGUCGACAAGGUAUUUACAUAGAAAAGGCUGACUUCUUUUCAUCUUAUUCUACAAGAUCAACUAUAACCGGCAAAAUUGUUUCUGAACUGGCUGGUAGAAGCAACCUUAAGCCAGUGACUCUGGAGCUUGGAGGGAAAUCUCCAUUCAUUGUAUGUGAAGAUGCCGACAUUGACAAGGCUGUUGAAACUUCCCACUUUGCUCUAUUCUUUAACCAGGUUGGGAUUUAUGAACUUAAAGCCGGGUAUUACGGAGAACUUGACGAAGAAUGUUGCAAGGAUAGCUUAGGGAUGAUUUGUGCUUGGAGACUAGUGUUUGGGAAAUGCUCGACUCAUUAGGUCCAUUAUCAGCUGCUAGUGUUGUCAGUUUCUAUGUAGUAUCUGUGAUUUAAGUUGGAAGAAUUUGUGAACUGAACUUAGGAGCUUAGAAAAUUUUGAAAGUUUCUAUUAACUGAAUUUAGGGACUUAGUAAGUUUCUAUGUAUUCCCUUGGAAUUUGAUACUGAAUUUGUGUUCUUUUUUGACAUGAAAUGGUUGAAUGUGAUAUGAAUUGAUUGUUGAA